AUGCGUUUGUUGCUCGCCAGUGCGCCGCUGCGCCAGUGCACUUCGGUUCUGUUAUCAGUAAGUGGCGACCUAGAUAUGAGUGGACGCGUGUCUAGAACCAAGCCUAACUGUGCCCGUUGCCGCAACCAUGGGAUCCAGGUUCCCAUCAAGGAUCAUAAACUGUUUUGCAAGUGGAAAAAGUGCAUUUGUGACAAAUGCAGUCGUACGGCAGAAAGACAGCAGAUUAUGGCCAAGCAGACAAGGAUUCGCCGUGCUGAAGAGGUAGUGAGCAAUUUAGCCAAGAAAGGUCUGCCAGUGCCUGAGAGGGUGUUAACUCCACCACCAGAGUCUCCUCUUAAUGUUGAUGACUCCCUUGACUCCAACUACUCUGCGUGUGCCUCCCCCGCCACGGGGUCCGCCCCUCCGUCACCACCACGUCAGCAACCCCGGCUCACUCCACCUCCGAGGCCUUUCCAUGACGCUACUGAUUUGUGGAAGUCCAUCGUAAAGUUGAUAGAAACGUGUCAUCUUCCACUCAACAUUUCGCCACUGUUGUACAUCAUCUUUACGGAGAUCACACCGAACCCAGAUGAAGUCAUUAAACGUAUCAAAGCUGCAACUGAAAUGUUGCAUUCAAUCCCACGACUCCUAGAGAUGUGCAUGAUGCCCGACAGCACCAUACCUCUUCUCAUAAUAAUCCUCACUGAGGUCACUCCUAAUGCUGACGCCGUUUUCCUUCGCAUGAAAAUGGCUCUAGAAGCGUUGAAGAAAGAAAACCCAACUACCGGUUUCAGCCCAGAAGGUUGUCGUCAGUCCCUAACUCUAGAUGUCGCAAGAUCAUCCCUACUUGCUUCUGGUCAACCUGUCUACCCUCCCCACGUCUCAUCAAUACUUCACGACCAUAACAGCAUCUUCCCAGUUUGCCCCUGUUUCCCGGGGAACCUGGCUUCACCGCACUUUCCAGUGCAAGAGAGUGCCAGAUCACCUGGAAUACCUCCAGAACACUUUAUCGGCCCUCCUUCUCCGAACAGCGAAGACUCCAACCAAUCCGGCCAGUCUUCUUCCAGUCUUCCGCCAGAGAAGUAA